GCAAGAACCGUCUCCCUUUGCGCACUGUACUUGACCAAGACCACUAUCGAGAUCUAUCGUGACGUUUUAGGUACGAUUCCCGAGCGCAGACCGGCCCGCACGAGACUACAGUAUCGCGACACGGCAUGGCCUAUCCAGACGACAGACCGACCUCGAGAGAGCACCGAUCUCGAAGGUCAACUCCUCGAGAUUAUGACGACGUCCCCGACGAGGACUACUACCGGAGACCGAAAACGUACGAGCCGAGAUCAAAUGGACGCUCAAGCAGACGGAAUGAAUAUGAUGGGAGCGACGAAGACGAUGCUACCCCUCCACCUCGACGACACCGCUCGUCAAAUGAGAAGGCUCCAGACGAGCCGGAUAUCCCACCGCCUCCCAUAGGGGAAGACCGUCGUGGCGGACAUUUCAAAGCCGGAGACGAUGGCAUAGAGGCAGUCCCGGCUUCACGAAGCGGGCCAGCAGACGAUGAUUCUUACGCGCCCCGAAAGAGCAAGUCAAGUCGAAGGGAUCCACGUGAGGAUGUCGAGAGGGACCCAUAUGCAUCUCGUCGACGCAAGGAACGGAAUCCUUACGACGAGGAACUCCCUCGGCGCACAUCUCACAGAAGCAGAGACGACUAUGAUGAGCCACCAAGGCGCUCUCAAGGACGUGAUAGAGAUCGCGAUCGAGAGCGAUACGACGAUCCAGAACCACCGCGACGGAGCAAAUCCACGCGGUCACCACGAAACGAAUACGAGCUUCCACAAAGAAGCAAGUCGAACCAUAGGGAAAAGAACGGAUACAACGACUAUGAGCCUCCGCGGCAUAGCAAACCUCCAAGAGAUGCGUAUGAAGAGCCAUCGCGUAGGAAGUCGACACGCGACCGCCGCACAGCAUAUCCAAACGACGAAGAUACCGAACCAGAUUACGCACCACCACGGCGACGCCGUGAAGAAAAGCCCGCCAGAUAUGACGAUGGCUACGGCACAGAUCGUCCAAAAAGACAGCCGCGAGAUGACUACGACCGCGGCUACAGGACCGACGGACGCGACCCACGCCGAGAACGUCGGCAUGAACCUCGGGAUCCACGAGACGCUCCGAGGCGCGACGACCGCCAUCGUUACGACGACUACGACGACCACGAUGGUAGAAAGCCCCGCUCGAAAAAGAAGGGCGGUCCGAACUUCAACGGCAUGCUGGAAAAGGGCAAGAAGAAUUGGGAUACCGUGGCACCGGUUGCGAAGCCCUUGAUUACGACUCUGGCGAACGCUUAUCUCAAGAAUGGAAGGCCUGCGUAGAAAGAGUGUGUGAAAGAGCGAUUGAGGCGAGGUUGGCAGAUCGCAGUUCGAUGUUUUCUUCUUGGUUGAUUUCGGCGUGCUUAUACAUGGCAUGGUCCACUCAGUCAUGUCUCCAGUCAACGACGUAGCUCACUAUUGAUAGCU